AUGUUGAGUAAAAGUGGAUUUGCUUGGAAUCCAGUGUCGAAAAUUGUGGAGUGUAGUGAUGAAGUUUGGGCUACAUAUGUUGCUGCAAAUCCAGAUGCAAAAGGUUUGCGUGGUAAGGAUAUAAAUGCUAACUUGUCAAGGCAAAUGGAUGUUAGUGAUGAUGAGUACACACCGGUCUUUGAUUACAAUGAGAAUAUGGUAGUUGAUGACUUGGGUGAUAUAGAAGGCAAUGGAUCUGGACAUCAAUAA